GAUAUUGAUCUUACCAUGAGUUAUCACUACAGGUUGGUUGGAGGCAGCUUGGCAAUCAAUAACCCACAUAAAAAACAGGAUAUGGGAACAUACCAGUGUUUGGCCACAAAUUCAUUUGGAACAAUUCUGAGCAGGAAGGCAAAGCUUCAAUUUGCAUAUCUUGAAAAUUUUGAAAUGAAGACAAGAAGUACAGUGUCAGUCAGAGAAGGACAAGGAGUGGUUCUGCUCUGUGGUCCUCCACCACACUAUGGAGACUUGUCCUAUGCAUGGAUCUUCAACAAUAAUCCCUUGUAUGUUCGGGAGGAUAGUCGGCGCUUUGUUUCACAAAAAACAGGAAAUCUGUACAUCGCUAAAGUAGAGCCCUGGGACGUGGGCAAUUACACCUGCGUUGUGACCAACUCCGAUGCAGAGCAAAGUGUGCAGGGGCCACCCACUCCCCUCAUUCUCCGCAGCGAUGGUGUGAUGGGGGAGUAUGAACCAAAGAUUGAAGUACGUUUUCCAGAAACAACAUAUGCAGCGAAGGGUUCAUCUGUUAAACUGGAAUGCUUUGCCCUUGGAAAUCCAGUCCCUAGUAUUAGCUGGAAGAGGUCUGAUGGAAAGUCACUGACAAAGAAAAUCAAACAUGACCAAACUAAAGGAGUUCUUGAAAUCCCGGAUGUUCAGCAAGAAGAUGAAGGUUUUUAUGAAUGCGUUGCAGGAAACAUUCGAGGAAGAAACAUUGCAAGAGGUCAAUUAUUUGUCUAUGCACUCCCUGAAUGGGAUAAAAAAAUCCAAAAUGCCUUUCUGUCUCUCUAUGACAGUUUGUUUUGGGAAUGUAAGGCAAAAGGAAAACCAAGCCCUUCCUACAGCUGGUUAAAAAAUGGCCAGCCUCUCACAUCAGAGGAGAGAAUCCAAAUAGACAAUGGAACUCUUACCAUACCGAUGCUGAAUAUGUCAGACUCAGGCCUGUAUCAAUGUGUAGCAGAAAACAAGUAUGAUACUAUUUAUGCUAAUGCCGAGUUGCGGGUGAUAGCUGCAGCCCCUGAUUUUUCAAAAAAUCCCGUGAAAAAAAUCUCCAUUGUUCAAGUUGGAGGUGAAGUUACAAUUGGUUGUAAACCAAGUGCUUCUCCCACAGCAGUUAUUAACUGGAGAAAGGGCUCAGAGGUGCUGCGACAGAACAAAAGGAUCGUCUUCCUUGAGGAUGGCAGUCUCAGGCUCUACAACAUCACCAAGUCAGAUGCCGGGGUGUACACUUGUAUAGCAACAAAUCAGUUUGGAAUUGCCAGAAAUUCAGGGAGCCUGACUGUGAAAGAAAAAACUGUAAUUACUAUUCCACCUUCUAAUAUGGAUGUAACAGUUGGAGAAAGCAUAGUCCUUCCAUGCCAGGUGUCUCAUGACCCUUCCCUUGAUGUGGCGUUCACAUGGUCAUUCAAUGGCAAUAGAAUUGAUUUUAAAAGAGGAAUACAUCAUUUUGAAAGAAUUGGAGGGGAAACUGUUGGGGAUUUGAUGAUAAGAAAUAUUCAGCUACAUCAUUCUGGGAAAUAUGUGUGCAUGGUACAAACAACUUUAGACAGUCAAUCUGCAGCAGUAGAUAUAAUUGUAAGAGGCCCCCCAGGUCCACCAGAAGAUGUUAAAGUCGAACAUAUUUCUAGCACUACUGCUGUGUUAUCCUGGAAGUCUGGAAUAGAUAAUAAUAGUCCAGUCCAGAUCUACAGUGUUCAGACAAGGACUCCUUUCUCAGUUGGAUGGCAGUCAGUUCCAACAGUUCCUGAAGUCCUUAAUGGCAGGACUCACAAAGCAACAGUGGUUGACUUAAGCCCUUGGGUUGAGUAUGAGUUUCGUGUGGUUGCCAGCAACAGCGUUGGAAUUGGGGAACCAAGCAGACCAUCAGCUCUACUGAAAACCAAAGCAGCAGUUCCUGUGGUGGCACCAACAAACAUCAGUGGAGGAGGAGGGAGCCGUUCCGAGCUGGUCAUCACAUGGGAGCCAGUUCCAGAAGAACUGCAGAAUGGGGAAGGUUUUGGCUACAUCAUUAUGUUUCGUCCUCUUGGCUCAACAACCUGGACAAAAGCAGUGGUGGCUUCAGUAGAAGCAAGCAAAUACAUUUAUAGGAAUGAAAGCAUUACACCUCUGUCUCCUUUUGAAGUGAAAGUUGGUGUCUACAACAACGAAGGAGAAGGGACCCUGAGCUCCAUAUCCAUUGUCUACUCAGGAGAAGAUGAGCCACAGAUAGCACCAGCAGGGACUUCGGCACUGAGCAUUUCGGCGGCAGAGGUGGAGGUCUCCUGGCAGCCCAUCGCAUGGAACAGGCUCACGGGCAGGGUGUUGGGCUAUGAGGUUUUGUAUUGGACCGAUGAUCCCAAGGAAAGCACAGCUGGUAAAGUCAGAGUCAAUGGGAAUGUAACAGCCAAAAAUAUCACAGGACUAAAGGCUAACACAGUGUAUUUUGCAACAGUUCGGGCUUACAACACGGCAGGGACAGGGCCCUCCAGCACCCCAGUAAAUGUCACUACUAAAAAGUCACCACCAAGUCAACCCCCGGCAAAUAUCGCCUGGAAACUGACAAAUUCCAAAAUCUGCUUGAACUGGGAGCAUGUAAAAACAAUGGAGAAUGAAUCAGAAGUACUAGGCUACAAAAUUUUGUACAGACAAAACAGACACAGCAAAACUCAUAUACUGGAGACAAACAACACUUCAGCUGAACUUCUGGUCCCAUUUGAAGAAGAUUAUCUCAUAGAAAUAAGAACAGUCAGUGAUGGUGGGGAUGGCAGUAGCAGCGAGGAAAUUAGGAUUCCAAAAAUAUCAAGUUUAAGCUCUGGAGAAAUAAAAUUAUCCCAAAGAGUGCACUAUACAUUGACAUCUGGGAUCCUGCUGUUGAGUUUUGUCCUUAAGUACUCUUUCCCUUGAUGAUUAAAGCAAUGUUCAGCCAUGGACUUUUAAAAGGAACAUCAUAGAAUGCAUUAUAAGAAAUGUACUACACUAUUUUCUUCUGAAAAGGGAAACCUAAAUAA